AUGAAGUUUACUCUUGCUUCUGCUGUUGCCUAUUUGGCAGUCCUCGUCAAAGCCCAGCUCCCAGAUGGGGACAUUCCAGGCUGCGCCGCUACCUGCUUCCUCCAGGUCUACAUGAGCAACUCUGCCAUCCUCGCCAACUGCAAAGAGGACAACAUGUAUCUCUGCUUCUGCAAGAGCAACUACCUGCCCCUCGCCUACCAGUCGUGCGUGUGCAGCACCUGCCCGGCUGCUGAUAAGGCGGCUGCGCUUCAGUACGGCAAAGAUACGUGCGAGCUCAACGGUGCUCCCAUCGACUGGAUAGGCGCCUCUUGCUAG